AUGUUGGGGGACCAGCGCAUGAUACCGGCCUUGGACUCAUCAAGCUCAUCAAGCUCUGCCCCUGAUUUGACCCUCUCUGAAGAUCUUCCUUCUGUGAGCAGGAGGAACUGUGUGAUUGAGAGCCUGCAGGUGGGGUGGGCGCAGAAGGGAGGUGGGCAGGUGGUGGAGGGUCUGGUGAAUUGUUACAACAAGAAGAAGAAGAAUAAGAUUGGCGGUGGUUCGUGGAGUCCCGCAGCCAAAUCUUGGGCUUCUGAGAUGGAGGGUGCUGAUGAGAGUGGUGAAGUUGAAGUCAACACGAGCGAGCUCAUCGGCGGGAUCGGCAGGGAGUUGGCGAUUUCAUGCCUGCUCCGUCUUCCCCGGUCUUACUACUAUGAUGUGGCCUGUGUUAAUCGCUCUUUCUAUUCCCUUGUGAGGUUCGGGGAGCUUUACAGGUUGAGGAGGGAGGCUAGGAUCGUUGAGCAGAUGAUCUAUUGCUCGUGCAAUGUGCUCGAGUGGGAAGGUUUUGAUCCGUGCCGCCAAAGGUGGUUCAGCAUCCCUUCCAUGCCUCCCAUAGAGUGCUUCACGCUUGCUGAUAAGGAAUCCCUGGCCGUGGGCACCAAUAUCCUCGUCUUUGGGAGGAGGGUGGAAGCCCAUGUUGUGCUGAGGUACAGCCUUCUGACUAACUCUUGGACGACAGGAGAGAUGAUGAACACGCCGAGGUGCUUGUUUGGCUCGGCAAACUUCGGUGAGAAGGCUAUUGUGGCUGGUGGUAUUGGUGAGAAUGGUGCGUUGAGCUCUGCUGAACUUUAUGAUUCUGAGAUGCAGACAUGGACCACUCUUCCAAGCAUGAACAGGGCACGACAGAUGUGCUCUGGUUUCUUCAUGGAUGACAAGUUCUAUGUCAUUGGUGGGAAAGCUGAGACACACAAUGAGGUCCUUAGUUGUGCUGAGGAGUUUGAUUUGGAGAACGGCACCUGGCGCUUGAUCCCAGACAUGGCACAGGGCCUUAAUGGUGGAAGCGGUGCUCCGCCUCUUGUUGCUGUUGUGAAUAAUGAACUUUAUGCUGCUGACUAUGCAACAAAGGAGGUUAGAAAAUAUGACAAGGAAAAUAAUGCCUGGAUCACUCUUGGAUUGUUACCUGGGAGGUAUACAUCAGUUCAUGGCUGGGGCAUUGCUUUCCGUAGUUGUGGAGAUAUGCUCAUUGUAAUUGGUGCAAUGAGUGUUGGUGGUGGCGGGGUGAUUGAAAUUUGUUCCUGGGUACCCAAUAAUGAACCGCCAGAUUGGAAGAUCAUUGGCACCCGCCGUUCCGGAAGCUUUGUGUACAAUUGUGCUGUGAUGAGUUGUUGA